AUGGCAUCAUUUACUACCACCAGUUCAGUACUGAGUCCUAACGACAUUGCCGAUCAGGGGUCUUUCGGGGAGUUUGUACUCGAUGAGUCACCGUCAGAGCCUGGGCAUAGCGGACUUGCCCAGGAAGCAGAACAUAACACGGCAACGGACAAUUUCAUGACACAGUUUCCCAUGAAUCUUCCAGUUGAGGGACUCCCGAUUGAGGAGUUCUCUUGGAUAUCUGAUGCUUUAGACUUGUCGCCCACUUCCCAAAGCUUUACCGAAAAUUCCGAAUUAUCUCUCUUUCCGACGCAGCAGAGCUACUCGACUUUGUUCCUACCACCGCCCAUAACGGAUCUGUCAUCUCAACUUGUUGACUAUUGGUUUCGCGAUGUCUGUUCAUUGUGGUCGCAGUAUGAUUCACCCACCAAUGCGAAUCGAAUGAUGGCUACGGCCCUAUGGUCUACAUCCGAGGCCGUUUCCACAAGUCUCCAAAGCAUGUCAUCAGCCUAUCUUUCGUCACGAAUGCCGCACAUGAAAAAGACUUCCAUCUCAAUGAUGAAGAAUGCCACAGAUGUCAUCGAAGCAGAACUCCGCGUCGUCAAGUCGUCGCCAAAUCUCAAUACUGUACCGAUGGGCUUGAUCUAUGGCCUUUUCUGUAUUGGCACGAGUAUCUGUUGGCUGAAUGCCACACAGUUGGGCAUACCGUUUCUGAAAGAAGCUAAAGCUCUUCUUCAUCGUGUCAAUCAGCAGAAACGAAGUCUUUCAGAGGACGAGAGGAAGCUCUUGAGCAUUCUCAACAAGAGCUGGCAAUACUGCGAGAUGUUACUGUCUGUCGUCUCGGAUACCAACCAUUUUAUAUCGUAUGAAGCCGAAGGCGUUGAAGAGAUCGAUGACAUCAGUCUGGAUGAGUAUCCAACAGCUGCACCUGUGGACCCUAUUAUCGACGACAUGCCACACCCGUGGACAGGCGUAUCGAACACAGUCUCUCGGCUGCUAACUCAGACACUGCGACUCUGCCGAAACUAUCGCUAUCACGUCAAACAUCCGGGCCCAUUUGCGACACGAGAUCAUGCGACCGCGUUGAAAAUGAUCGAGGAAGCAAAAUUUUUGGAAGAGAAGCUGCUAGGUCUCGAUUUCGAGUCUGCUCCCGCAAAUACGGAGACUGGCGAUCAGAAAACCCCAUGUCGACAUCUUAUCAACGUUGCUGAGGCGUAUCGUCUGGCUGGUCUGAUCCACAUCUACCAGACCUUUCCAGAGCUGGUUUUGCUGAGAUUGCCAGACAACCUAACGGGUUCAGCGGACGUCCAUGUUCCCUGGGAAGAGUGUAUUACGCCUUUGAGUCUCCGCCUGGCUAAGCUUAUUGAGCAACUCCCUGCUGAUUCAGGAAGUAAGAUGACCCAGCCACUCCUUUGCAUAACAGCUAGCACCGGCCUACGCUUCGAACCCCCGGAUGUUGUAUCUAGGUACCUUGAGUCGCAGGUCCAAGCACCGGCUGCGACGACAUCGCCUUUCGAUCUCGGCAGCACAGAGCAUUGCGGUCUUUCCGAUUAUAUAGGUCAACUAGUUCAGGCAGAUGAAGACAUAGAUCGUUUGUCUACCAUGUCUGAGUCUCGACUGAAGAUGGUCGAGACGCGAUGUUUCAUCAUCGGAAGGCUUGAUGCUUUAGAGGCGUUGUUGCCACCAAGACCCAUUGAGGUAGCGAAGACUCUAGUGCAGAAGAUAUGGGAUGAGUAUGACAAGGAGAAGCCUAACUCGGUUUCAGUGCAUUGGAUUGACGUGAUGGAGGAGAACAACUUGAGGUCGCUGUUUGGAUAG